AGUAUCGCGAUAGUUCAUGCAGUUAAGGACUCAACAUGGCAGGCAGUAAGUUGUCGCUGGAAGGCAGAGUGAGUGUGAGAUGUUUUCUUUUAGGGCUCAGCGUGGUUAUCAUCCCCCUGAUCAGGACGUGGUUCGGACAUCUCGACUGGGUCUUCGAUUAUCUGACGGAGACUCCGGGGAAAAUAGCAAUUUGCCUCCAUGUAGCAGUGAUGAACGGCCUGCUGCUGGUCAUACACAGUGGUCCUCUGUACAAGGUGGCGGUUAGAGCCUGUUUCCUGGGGGUCACAUUUGGCUGUGGCUUAAUCAUCAGCUGCUCUGAAACCACUUGGACACAUUUUGGCUGGUACCUGUGCUCCCUGUCAUUCUUCCAUUACUCUGAGUACCUGGUGACGGCCAUCAUCAACCCUCGCAGCCUGUCGCUGGACUCCUUCCUCCUCAACCACAGCGUGGAGUACACCCUGGCUGCCAUCUCGUCAUGGGUGGAGUUCACUGUGGAGAAGCUGACAGUUCCAGAGCUGAAGCAGCUGAGCUGGCUGAGCAUUGUGGGUCUUCUCAUGGUGCUGUGUGGCGAGUGCCUGCGGAAGUCGGCCAUGUUGACGGCUGGCUCGAACUUCAACCAUAUUGUCCAGAAUGAGAAGGCUCAGAGUCAUGUGCUGGUCACUGACGGGGUGUACGCCUACUUCAGACACCCCUCCUAUGUGGGCUGGUUUUACUGGAGCAUAGGAACACAGGUCUUGCUGUGCAACCCAUUGUGUAUACUGGCUUACACGAUAGCCAGUUGGCGGUUCUUUCGGGAGCGGAUUGAGGAGGAGGAGCUCUCUCUUAUCCACUUCUUUGCAGAGGACUAUGUGAAGUACAAGAAGAAGGUUCCCACUGGGCUGCCCUUCAUCUCAGGCAUCCGUGUCAACUAGUCCCAUCAGCUGGAUCCUGCACAUAACAGACUUACAACACUAAACCAGGUCAGACCUGGUGGGUGUGCGGUGUCUGCCGUGCCAGCUGCUCUCCAGAGGGCAACCCUGCAGCUGGCUGAGAGCCUGUAGCUCACAGACAAAGACUGAGCGCUGGGAGGACGGUGGGCAGCUGGGCUGCUGUUUAUCUUCCAACCUCAAAAAUCCAAUUAAAGACCAGAGAACCUCCGCUGUACUAGAUAUAUUCCAAUAACAUUCACUCUAUCUGUUUGAAUUGUGUUUCUGUUUGCAUGCUUUACACAUGCCUAGUGUUUUCACUGAUGAGCUGAAGAAUGAUACCUGCACUGGGCCUUAGGUAUCGUACUCGAGCAGAGUGUGAAAUUAUCAUGCUCUGAAGUUUAAAUGGGAAAUGUUUCACAAGAAAUUAGGUUCAAUAGAUAUAUUAUAGAGUCAAUGAGUUCACAUAGUUGAUAGCACUAUCAGUAGUUAAAUCAAAAAUGCACUCUCCCUAAUUGGCUACAGUGGAAACAGCUUAUAGUGUUUACAUUUGUCCCGGGCAUAGGGGCAGUUGAUCGGUAUACCCGUGAUUAAUAUAAGUGGUACAACUGUAUUUCCAUUUCAAAACAAACAAAGGCUUUAAGGAAAACUUUGCAGCCACAUACUGUAUUAGAGCUCUUUGUAGGUCUUCUCACUAUCUUGUUAUCAAGACUCAUCUCUGGACAUGGUUACCUCGGGUCAAAGGUUGUUGAGUCUUAUUUGGUCUGCAAAGAAUCAAAAGUGUUGCUGCAGGUCUCAGGUCUGUAUGUUUCAUUUGAAAUAGGCUGAUGAAGACGUGUUUGUACGCUUGGGGAAAUUGUGGGUUGCUCUUCUUUUAUUUCUUUUAAACAUUUACAAGUCAUGGGAUUUUUCGAUUGGACUUUGGCAGUUUGCGUGGGGAUGCAGACCUGAGAUGCCUGAUAACACUUCUCAUCUGGACUCCGAACAGAUGGUUGCUGUCGUCUUUCAGUCAACCAUAUCACAAUAUCGAAGGAACGUACUUCCAACUUACCACUUAAAAUUGUGUAUGCUGCAGUUGCAUGAGGGCUGGUUGAUAAGUUCAUGGUGUAAGGUAGGAGCAGACCUAUCAGAAAUCCUAACGCAUUUUUAUCGCAACAUAAAUCACCUCAUACAUUUGCACUCCAAGUUCAGUUGCUGUGAAUCCCUAAUUUGUAGAACCCAGCAUUUUGGGAGCCACCUUUGAGUUCAUCAGUGUACUUCUUAACCAGGCAGUAAUAAGCAGGCACCCUCCCUUAGUGUCACCAUCUUGUGAACCUCAUUGACGAUGAGUCCUUAAAAAUAGCCUCUGUGGCUUAUCACUAGCCCUAUUUUCUCUGGAGGAGGUGCCUGUGCGAACACAAAUGUCAGAGUGAAACGCUCCGAAGUUUUCGGCAGACUUUCUCUGCUUGGCCACUGUAAAAAAAUUGUAGAACUCGAUGUGUGAUCCCCCACAGCAAGUGAGUGGGGGGUUGAUGCUACUAACAUCCAACAGAUUCAAAAAUUAAGAAAACAAAUAUCUACUGUUGAAAAAGCAGUGAUGCACACAUUGACGACACCAACGAAGAUCUCAAGAGAGUUUGUGGUGAUAAGAGCAGACACUGGUUUCUGUGUUUUGUAAAGAAAAUCCUAUGGACUCUGCAGCAGAGUUAAAACAACCCCUCCUGUCUCUGUCUGCUACACCCGGCUGCUCCAGCUAUCGUCUGAAUAAUAUGUAGGAUCUGUUGCUGAUGUGAAUGUGUCUGUGCAAAGAACCUCCCGCUGUGUUGCGCAAGUGUGAAAGGCAAACACUGGAUAAACUCUGUAGCCACUCCUCGGCUACAGGUUACUCACAGAGUUGGAAGUGCACUUGAGUUGUUUAACUCAUCUUCUCCUACUUAAGUCCACAAACUUCUGAAUCAGCCCUCUUAACAUGAUCGUUACUAUCACUUCACUGUCUGUGCAAGCUAUAGAGUCUGCUAAUUGUUACUUUAAACACUCAGGACUAGCUUGAUACAAGAAGACCCGAGAAACAUUCAACCAAUAUUAACCAGUGGCACAAUCUACUGAAUGUUGGGUUUGUUUAGUGCAGUCAGAGGCUGCAUGUUCUUGUGGGUUGUGUGUGUGUGUGUAGUCUGAUUUUAAAGUGACACUUGUAGCAUUUGUGUGAAGUGCUCUGUUUAUGUUUAGACUAUGAGAUGACUGUAUGAGGUGUUCAGAUCAUGAGCUGAUCGCAGCAUGGAACCUGAUUGGUUUCCGGGUGUGUUGCACUCUCACUGUAUAUCGUCCAUUUAUCGUAGGCCAGUAUUAAGCAGUUUGUUACUCUCACUGAAAACUGUUGGUGGAUAACCGUGCAUUUAUUCACAAAGCAGAUUUUCUCAACACCAAUUGUGUGGAUUAAAAUCUAGGCAGUUAUUAUUAA